AUGAAUAGGAGAACCUGCACUCGAAACAACCUCUCUUUACUCAAAGAACAUGUUUAUACUCAACGCCGCUGUCUCUCAACGACCCUAUCAAGUCCUACGAACGACAUUCGGUAUUCUAGGUUAGGAAAACAAGGCAGUUUCUUCGAUAAGGCAUAUAUUGGUUCCCGCCAACAUGCAGCGACAAUCACCACGACAUCGUCGUUGCAUCUGGGCUCUCAUAAGAAGCCCGAUGAUAGGCCCGAGCUCGAUGCCGCUGUAUCGCAGGUCAAGGAGAAGCAGGUGAAGACUCCAUGGGAAAGAGAAGGUGCUCAGACACCACCCGUAAAGCGUGAGCGGUCUGCGUCGGCAAUGACCAAGGGAAAGUUGCUGACUACGCCGUCACGACUUUUAAAACUGGUUAUACCAGUGACUACGGAUGAUUAUAAUGGCGAUAGAAAAGAUGUUGAACCUUUGGCACUUCUCUUGCAUCCCCAGCAACCAUUAUCGUAUCUAGAACGCUUAAUACAAGCAGAAGUACCGUCUAUCCAAGACGAGAAUGGCAGAAUGCACCCACCGCAAGUUUCUUUUCUGGCCGUAGAGGCCGAAGACGAGAUGAUCCAGCCGAAAAAGCUCAAGAUCAGGAAUUGGGAGGACGACAAAUCAAAGGGUGAACAAAACGCACAAAGAGAAGAAGAAGGCGAACCACGGCCGAUGGUUGUGACUAAGGACUCUCAAGCUCCGCGACUAAGAAACUUUCCUGAAGAGGAUGAUAUUCGGAAAUAUAACAACAAAGCUUCGAAAAAUGAGCCUGUGGAUGAAACGGAACCAGAACCAAAAUGUACAGGAUCAUUUGUUAGAUGGUCAUCAUCUACAGAAAUCGGUGACUUCAUUCGAGACGCAUCGCGCGUAAAAGAGUUCCUCGUCGACAUCGAAGGCUCACCACUAGGGAAAAUCCCCGUGGCGGUUCCCUCAUUCAACGACCGCACCUAUUACCUCCGAAUGCGACUACGCAAGCUCUCAAAGAACCUUAAACACCUAGCAAUUGUCAAACAGGAAUGUGACAAUCUGGCACAUCGCGGAGCCCAACGUGUGGCCCUUGGCGGACUUGGCGUGAUGGUGACAUGGUGGUAUAUCGUGUACAAACUAACAUUCGAAACUGACUACGGCUGGGACACCAUGGAACCCAUCACAUAUCUAGUCAGUUUAUCCACGCUUAUGGGUGGUUACACAUGGUUUUUGUACCAUAAUCGCGAAAUAUCGUAUCGGUCCGCGCUCGACUUCACAGUCAGUCGCCGCCAGCAGAAACUGUAUCAGACACGAGGGAUCGAUUUGCAUAUAUGGGAAUCACUCGUUGAAGAAGCAAAUGCGCUACGUAAGGAGAUCAAGACUGUGGCGGAGGAGUAUGAUGUGGAUUGGGAUGAGAGGGCGGAUGAGGAGGAUGAGAGUGUCACGGAGGCUUUGAAGCAUGAGCGGAGGCAGAAGGAGCGAAAGGAGAAAAAGGAGAGAGAGAAGGAGGAAGAGAAAGAUGAGCGUACUGAGACUACCGAUUGA